GUCGCUCAUCAGGUGACAUGGAUUUGAUAAAUCAUGAUUCAAUAUUACCAGGCUCAUCGCCACUAAGAGCAGCCAUCUGUGACAAACAGCGCUUAAACACCAGCGCUAGCCCAUUUAUUCCCAGCUACCACUCAUCUGUGGUGACUAUUAGGAGUGACGAUGGUACGGAGUUGAAGAAAGAUGGUCUACUACUACGGGGUUCACCGCCACCAACUGCAGCCGUCUGCGGUGGACAAAGUCUAAGCACCAGUGCUAGCCCGUUUGUUCCUGGCUCUCGUUUAUUGAAGGACACUAUAAAGAACAAGGAUGGCGUAGAGUUGACCCCGGAAAUUUUGAAGAAGCAUAGUCUAGCACCACCAAUUUUACCUGGUAGGUCUGCAGAUAGCCAUCCUACUCGGGUAGAGAGUGAGGAGUCAAAAAACAAGCAUUUGCACGAGCAAAAAUUGAAGAGUUGGCCAGAGAAAGAGAGCGAGCGGACACAGCAGGAGGCUGGGAAUAAGCACCAGCUGAUAAAGGAGGCGGACGAAAGGCAGCGAAUCCAGAGGGAGCAAGAUAUUACCCAACAACAACUGAAUGAACAAAAAAAGCUUAUUCAAGCUUGGUUACAGGAGACUAAAGAUCAGCAUGGGCAGGAUCUCGAAAACGCUCGAAUAUCCGAACUGCCAAAUAAAGUGCUGUCACCAUCGCCAUCAAUGCCUAUGGAGCAUAAUCUGAAUGCGACUGCUGACGAGGCGGAAACCAGUUCUGAAGCGGGGAAGAAACAUCCUGUGAUUGUACCUCGCACACACUCGCCUGAUAAGAGUCAGGAUGGUGCGGAAUGCGCCCUGGGAUCAUUGAACAAUCAUGAUAGAGGAUUUUCCAGAUCUUCUGAUGCGGUGGAAGAAAUGAGUGUAGAUGCGCUGACAAAGGCGAGACUGCUCGAGCGGCGUCAACAAAAGCAGGAUCGUAUCAAAAGCCUCUUGUCAAUGCUAGCGCAGCAGACUUUACCGUGAUGAAAUUGUUUAUAUCACAUACUUAAUCUGCAGAUGUAUCAGAAAGAACAGUGCUGAAGAAUAUAUUUAGCUCUGCGCAAUGCUUGCUCGACAUUAUUAUGGAAAUAAAAAAUUUGUCUUUGUGGUCACAGAUAUUCUUGUAUCACGUCGCUGUUUAUGUCUAUCUUUUUUUUGGCGCUC